UCUCUCUCUCUCUCUCUCUCUCUCUAAUUUUAUUAUUGUGUUUUGUAGCGCUUUGUUUAUUGAUGAUUGCUGGUAUCAGUAUCACUUACUGAAUCUGUGAUCAUUUAUUGCAUUUGGCCACCCACUCUAACUCUAUUAUUUUUUUUUUAAUUUUUUUUGCCUUUUCUGAUAUUUAAUAUUUCUUUCCCCUCCAAUCCAUAGAUUUAUUUUUAAAUAAUAAUAGGAGCAGAUUUUUCUGAUUUCAGUUAGCUGCCUACUUUUAGUUCUUGUUCAACCAUUUUUGUUGAUAAUCAUUAAUCAUUGCUUCUUUGCUGCAAUAAUAAUAUUAAUAUUAAUAAUAAUAUUAAUAUCUUGCCUGAGAAAAUAUCAUAUCAUGUGUUUGCCGCCGAAUAACAAAAGGCUGUUUCCCAUAAUCCCCCAUUGCUAAAUAUUAACACAAUAUUGCCACCAGUUCCUCCUCCUCUUGCCUCCUCCUCCUCCUCCUCCACUUUGCACAGUUCGACCUCGACCGAUCAUCAUCAUCAUCAUCAUCUUGUGCUUAAUAUGUCUCCGACGACACCUUCCCUCAAUCAAUUUCCUGAGGUUGUACAUGUGAAGAAAACAACGACAUUUUCCGAUAGCGAAUCGAACGCUUGUCUUGUUUCAGAUGGCAAUACAACAUUGUCUAAGCAGUCUUCAGCUGAAUUGGUGAAUGAAAUUGCUACACUCGAGAUUCAAAUAUUGCAUCUAGAGCGAUACCUUCUAUCUCUCUAUCGCACCAAUUUUCAGCACAAUCUCCCUAAAUUACAGAAUAACCACAUCGAACAAAUAAACGCGACACCUCAAGAAGCUACAUCUGAUCAACCAUCUCAUAAAAUGAAACUAUUGGGCAUGUCAAUAAAGGAUUCCAAAGAUUAUCAAGAUCGAAGCUCUCCCACGAGUUCUUUAGCUGGCCCAAAUGAUUCGGUUCAACUCUCGAUUCCAAACUCAUCAUCGUCUUCUAGAAGAAAGGAAAAACAGAGCCGUAGUCUUGCAGAUCAUCUUGGAAAUUGUUGCAUUGACGAUGCAAGAAUUUGUCCCGAUAGACUAUCUGGAGACAUUAUAAGAUGUAUAUGUUCGAUAUAUUGCAAAUUGGUCAACCCCGCGUUGACUUUCAAAGGGUGUUCUGUUUCUUCAACUUCGUCGUUUUGCUCAUCCAGCACUUUCUCUCCGAGGAAUUUAUCCGGAAGUUGGAGCCCUCAAUGUAACGAAGAGGUUACUGAGAUUUAUGAUAUGGAAGGCGUAAAACAAGGAAAAGGACCGUACGCUUCAAUGGUUGAAAUACUGAAGAUAUGCUUAGAUGAUGAAAGUUAUAGUUAUGCUGCUAUGAUGCUUCAGAAAUUCAGGUCUCUUGUGAAGUGUCUUGAGAUUGUUGACCCGACGAAAAUGAGGCGCGAAGAGAAGCUUGCGUUCUGGCUCAAUAUUCACAAUGCUUUAGUGAUGCAUGCUUAUUUAGCAUAUGGGACUCAACACUAUUUAAAAAGCACUUCUGUUUUGAAGGCUGCUUAUAACGUUGGCGGACAUCGCGUAAAUGCAUAUGACAUACAAAGCUCCAUUUUACGAAUCAGAUCCCACUAUUCUGCUCCGUGGCUUCAGACGCUUCUAUCUCCGGGGAAGAAGUACAACAAGAGUGUGAAUACUAAACAUGCAUAUGCCAUAGAAUACCCUGAGCCACUUGUUCAUUUUGCACUUUGCUCGGGGGCAUACUCAGACCCCGCGAUUCGAGUUUACACGUCAAAUAAUGUAUUUAAUGAUCUGAGAAUUGCAAAGGAAGAGUUUGUACAAGCUACAGUUUAUAUUCACAAGGAAAAAAGAAUAUACCUGCCAAAAAUAUUGAGUUACUACGCCAAGGAUAUGUCGAUGGGCAUGGCGGUACUGUUGGAAGUGGUUAGCAGAUGCCUAUCCGGAAUUCAACAGAAAUCUGUAAUAAAGACUUGUGCGAAAGGUAGACCGGAAAAGUAUGUGUCUUGGUUAGAGCAGAGUUCGUCUUUUCGAUAUUUAAUCCAUAAGGAAAUUGCUGAAACCACAUGGGGUUCUUGAUCGGAUUUAUUUAUUUAUUUUUGUGUGGGUAUUUGUAGGUUAGCAUUGUUACUUGUAAUUAUAAGCAAAUAUACUGAGUGAAUAAAUUUAUUGUGGAUAGAUAGAAUAUCAUUUCAU